CAAUCAAUAGAGCCAGACAGCUGAUUUAUAUGAUGGCAUCCAGCUGCAGUGGUGGUCUUUUCUCUGCAGAGUGAUGCUGUGAAAGGGGAAAGGGUACUUAGAUUGGAAUAACCAGGGGACUCCACAAGUAGAUCUGUGGAUAUGGCUCGGCGUUCAUAAAUACGUUCCCCAUCAGCGAGCCACAGGAGAGCUCCCGAGAGCAGCCUGCUCGAGGCUGGAUGCUCAAGGCUGGCGGUGGGGCUAGUGCCACUGCUGUAUUUUAGCUGCUGCAGCCGCUGCUGCCACUGGGCAGAUACCGCAGUGGGGGACUGACCCCACGGUACUCUCUGGUGCCUGGGUUCUGGCUGCAAAUGAGAAGUUAAAGGCGGGUAAACUGGGAGGAUUGCAAAGACUGACGAGACAGCAAGGAGCAAAAGGAGAGCAAGCCUGAGUGUGAACCAAAAUAUCAGGCCAAGGGGAGCUGGAGGAAAUGUCAUCAUUGGUGAAGGAGGACUUGGAGAAGAAACUGUUUAAGCCACUCUCACAGAAUCUAUAUGAGUUUAUUGAAAUUGAGUUCUCGGUGCAGGACAGGUACUACCUCUGUGUGUCAGUGACCAAAAAUGAAGAAGUGAAAAUAAUCAUGGUGAAACACUACAGAAUAGGUUUAGAUGAAAAAUAUGAAGUAACAAAAAAGUGGUCUUUGAAUGAUCUGCAGAUGAUUGAUGGAAAAGAAGCAGACACUGACAAUCCAUUUUUUGAUCUGCACUUCAAGAAAGUGUACAGUUUGGAAGCAUAUAGUUGUGCUUCUAAAUAUUCCUUUGCUCGAACUGUAAAUAAGCUGAAUCAUGCAUACCUCAAGAAGGACUUGCAGAUUGUGAACUUUGAUUCUACUUACAUUAAUGAUGAUUCCAUUUGGUCCUCCAACAACAAGGAUUGCUUGGUUCUCAUGAGAAUAUGCUUUUAUGCUUUUAAUUUGGUGUGCUUAUCUCUGUGCCCCCUGCCACUUUGAAGAUGUAUUCCAUAUCCCUUCAUCAGUGUCUUACAAAAAUGGUUCCUCAAGUAAAUGCUAAUCGUCAAAAUUUUAUUUUUCCCUUCAUCAGUGGCUAUUAUUUAUAUGAAAAUAAAGGGAUGCUUUGUGGAUUUCAGUGAAAUGUGCUUUAAUGCCAUCUCUCAACAUUUGGGAGUUUGGGGCAAUGUAUUUCAUGGUAACUUUGGAAGGAAGUUGCAUGGCUUUGACUAAAUUAGUAUUCUGCUAAAGAAAAUUGAGAAGUACUUUUAAAAGACCUGGAUCUGAGGAAAGACAUUUAUGUCUACGGAUAAGAAGACAAGAUUUUCAAGAUGCAAUACUAUCCAAAGCAAUUUGCAGACUUAAUGCUAUUCCUAACAAAAUUCCAACACCUUUUAUUACAGAAAUGGAAGGUCAAUCUUCAAAAUUCACAUGGAAUUGCAAGGGAUUCCAAAUAGCAAAAGAAUCUUGAAAAAGAAGGACAAAGUUGGAGGACUCACACUUUUGAUUUCAAAACUCAAUACAAAGCUAUUGUAAUCAAAAUAGUGUGGUGCUUGCAUAAUGAUAGACACAGAGUCCACUAGAAUAAAACCAAUUCAAAAAGAAAUCCAUAUGUCUAUGGUCAACUAAUUUUUUACAUGGGUGCCAAGUCCAUUUAAAGGGAAAAGAAUAAUCUCUUUAACAGAUCAUGCUGGGAAAACUGGAUAUACACAGACAAAAGAAUAAAGUAGGACAUCUACCUUAUACCAUAUACAAAAGAUAACUCAAAAUGGACAAAUGACCUAAACAUAAAAACUGAAAAUAUAAAACUCUUAGAAGAAAACACAGGGGUAAAUCUUAAGGACUUUGGUUUGGCAGUAAAUUCUUAUAAUAUCAAAAGAAUGAGAAACAAAAGAAAAAUAGAUACAUUGGUCUUCAUCAAAAAUAAAAUGCUUUUACACUAAAUGACUUUAUCCAAAAAGCAAAAAUCAACCUACAGAAUGAGAAAUUAUGUUUUCAUAUCAUCUUUCAGAAAAGAUUUAAUGUCUAGAAUACAUAAAGAACUCCUACAACUCAGUAACCAAAAAAAAAAAAAUCAACCCAAUUUUAAAAUGGGCAAAGGACUUAAACAGAGCUUUCUGCAAAGAAGAUAUAUAAAUGGCCAAUAUGCACAAAAAGGUGCUCAUUAGUCAAUAGAGAAGUGCAAAUCAAAGCCAUAAAUGUCAAGAGAAAUAUCACUUCAUACCUAUGAGGAUGGCUGUUUUUAAUUUAAAAAAACAAAAAUGGAAAAUAACAAGCAUUAGCAAGGACAUGGAUGAAUUGAAACCCUCUUCUAUUGCUGCUGAAAAUGUAAAAUGAUGCAGCCACUAACAGCCCAGCACGGUAUAUGAAACUGGCCGCUUAGUGUCAUGAGACCAAAUAAAAGAGGCAGAAAGAUCCAGGAUUUCACAGAUUGCAAUUUACUAAGGACACACUGACAGUCCUGGGUGGCAGAGAAACCAGUUGGAUUCCCACAGUUUGGGUCAGAAGGAGGGGUGUAAAUAAUGGUCAGAACAAAGUGGACUCAUCCAAGCUGGAAUGUACAUGGUUUAUCUUAAGAUAAAUCUUAUUAAAGAUUUCAGCUACAUUCCUGAUGUUGACAGAGCCAGGAUCCAGUCAGGGUCCAAUCGUAGCAUUGUACAUACCACUCUAAUGGUCUCAUUUUGUACAUACCACUCUAAUGGUCUCAUUUGGUUACUAUACAGGGAAAACCUACCAGGGUUACUCAUGAGUUGUCAUGGCGGUUAUGACUCAAGAUGGCUGCGGUGGGGUCAAGGUGAAUCCAUGCAAAUGUUUCCAUAAAAAACUAAACAGAGAGCUGGGGAUAUAGCUCAGCUGGUAGAUUGCUUGCCUUAUGCCUAAGGUCCUUGGUUCAAUCCCUGGCACCACAAAAAUAAACUAAACAGAGUUACCAAAUGUCCAAAAGCAAUUCAUUCUGAGGUAUUCAAAGAAAUUCAAAAGACCCAAAGGAAAUCAAAGCAGAAAUAUGUAAUAGAUAUUUGUACAGUAAUAUUCAUAGAAAUCUGGCUUUCUGAACUAUUUGCAGCAUUAUUCACAAUAGCAAAAGAUUAAAAUAGCAUGUGUCCAUUAGUAUAUGAAUGAAUAAACAAAAUGUAGAAUAACUAUACAAUGGAAUAUCAUUAAACUUCAAAAAGGAAUGAAGUUUUGGUGCAUGCUAAAACAUGGAUAAAUUCUGAAAACAUUAUAUAUGCUAAGUUAAAUAAAAAACAAAAAUUGUAUAAUUCCAUUUACAGGAAAUUUCUGGAAUAGGCCAAUUCAGAGACAGAAUAGGUCAGAAGUUACCAGAGACUUGGAGGAGAAAGGAAGGAGGAGUUCCUUAAUGGUUACAGAGUUUCUGUCUGGGUUGAUGAAAAAGUUUUAGAAAUAGUGAUGCUAAACAACAUGGUGAAGGAAUGUAUUAAUGCCACCAAAUUGUACAAUUUAAAAUGGUUAAAAAUGCAAAUUUAAAAAUUACAACUUUUAAAAAGUAAUGUAAUAAGCCAAAAACCUUGGAGCUUUAAAUGGGUAAA